UACAUGUGUUUCACCGACACGGUGCGAUGGAGCGGAGACUGAAGGGUUUGUAGGAGAAGUCUCAGUGAGUGCUGAGCAACAGGCACCUGGGCUGCAAACUCACUGACGGCUCAUCGGCUCUGGAGGAACUGUUGCACAAAAUCCCGCUGCGAUGUCCCUGCUGUGUGUCAGAGUGAAGAAAGCCAAACUCCACGGGCCUCCAGACAAGUUCAACGCCUACGUCACUUUAAAGGUGCAAAAUGUGAAGAGCACCACCAUCACAGUCCGAGGGGACCAGCCAUGUUGGGAACAAGACUUCAUGUUUGAGAUCAAUCAUCUGGAGUCGGGUCUGGUGGUGGAGCUGUGGAAUAAAGGUUUGAUCUGGGACACUAUGAUCGGCACAGCACUGAUACCACUGGACAGCAUUCGACAGUCUGACGAGGAGGGACCAGGACAGUGGACGUCUCUUGACUCUGAGGUGCUGAUGAGGGAGGAUGAGAUCUGUGGUACCACCAACCCGACUCCACACCAAGUGCUGCUGGACACCCGCUUUGAGCUGCCCUUUGAUAUUCCAGAAGACGAGGCUCAGUACUGGACCAAUAAACUGGAGCGGAUUAACACCAUGCGGAUACAUGACGAGUAUCCACUGCAGGAAGAAGUCCAGAGAAGACGAAUGGCGUCUGUGCCCUCUCAGUGUUGCAGUUGGAGUUAUUUCGGAUGGAGUGACCAGCAGACUUUUGAUGACCAUGACAGUGCAGUGGAUGACCGUGACAGUGACUACCGCAGUGAAACUGGCAACAGGCCUCCACGGUUCCACAACACCUCGCAGACGAAUUCAUCAGUGCACCAGUACCCCAUAGGACGCAGGGUCCAACAUCAAACCCUGUCCAGGGAGUCUGACUCUAUACAAAGCUAUGAACUAGACUAUAGAGAAAUGAGGGGGGCCAGCCCACCAGACAGCAGUCGCUUUGAUUCAUCAGGCAACCUUAGCCCAGCCAGCUCCCAGCUCAGUUCUGAGCCUGAGGAGCGCCGAGAUCCAGAGACCCACCACCCAAGUACCCUACGUCCUCCUCUAAGUAACCAGAAGUCUACCUGGGAUGAGGAAGAAGAGGAGGAGGAGGAGGAAGAGGUUGAGAAAGAGCUACAUCCACUACCAGAGCCUGGUUCCAACAAAGAUUUGAAGGACUCGUCUGUCAUCCUGCCCAGGUCGAUCUUGGACAACUGUGAUAACAAGACUCAGACUAAAAUCAGUUUCUUUGAGGAUGGCCCUCCACCGUGCUCUCCUUCCAAAGUUCGCUGGCUGAAAGCAUACAACAAAGUGAGAGUGCAGCUCCUUGAGAGUCGAGAUCAAGAUGGUGACCCCAGCAAGCACCCAUGGGCCAAGCCAGGGGGAAACACACCGUUUGGCAUUGACAGCAUGCCAGACCUCCGCAAGAGGAGACCAAUUCCCCUUGUUAGUGAACUGGCUAUGUCUAUGAUACAGUCCAGGAAAGCUGGACUCGCCCACACAUUGGCCACACGGACCUCCCUGAAAGAUGAGGAGCUUAAAAACCAUGUGUACAAGAAGACCCUGCAGUCUCUGAUCUACCCCAUCUCCUGCACCACGCCACACAAUUUUGAGGUCUGGACGGCCACUACACCGACCUACUGCUACGAGUGCGAGGGUCUGCUGUGGGGCAUCGCCCGGCAGGGUAUGCGCUGCGCAGAGUGCGGGGUCAAAGUGCAUGAGAAAUGCCAAGAGCUGCUGAACGCCGACUGCCUGCAGAGAGCAGCUGAGAAGAGCUCCAAGACCGGGGCAGAGGACCGGACACAGCACAUUAUCAUGGCUAUGAAGGACAGGAUGAAGAUCCGCGAGAGGAACAAGCCAGAGAUCUUUGAGGAGAUCCGGAGAGUGUUCAACGUCACCAAGAUGAUCCACGUCCAGCAUAUGAAGAGCAUCAAGCAGAGUGUCCUGGACGGCACCUCCAAGUGGUCGGCCAAGAUCACCAUCAACAUCGUCAGCGCGCAGGGUCUCCAGGCCAAGGACAGAACGGGCUCCAGCGACCCCUAUGUCACCAUCCAAGUCGGAAAGACGAAGAAGAGGACAAAGACCAUCUACGGCAACCUGAACCCAGUCUGGGAGGAAAAGUUUAGCUUCGAGUGUCACAACUCAUCAGAUCGUAUCAAGCUGCGAGUUUGGGAUGAAGACGAUGACAUCAAGUCUCGAGUGAAGCAGCGUCUGAAGAGGGAGUCGGACGACUUCUUGGGUCAGAGCAUCAUCGAGGUCCGAACUCUGAGCGGAGAGAUGGACGUCUGGUACAACCUGGAGAAGAGAACAGACAAGUCUGCGGUGUCUGGUGCCAUUCGUCUUCAGAUCAGUGUGGAGAUCGAGGGAGAGGAGAAGGUGGCACCAUACCAUGUUCAGUACACGUGCCUUCAUGAGAAUAUGUUCCACUUCUCGACGGACGUGGAAGGAGGCGGCAUGGUGAAGAUCCCCGUGGCUCAAGGAGAUGAUGCCUGGAAGGUUUACUUUGAUGAAGUGCAGCAGGAGAUCGUGGAUGAGUUCGCCAUGCGCUACGGCAUCGAGUCCAUAUAUCAGGCCAUGACCCAUUUCUCUUGCCUGUCCUCUAAGUACAUGCUGUCAGGGGUGCCGGCAGUGAUGAGCACCCUGCUGGCCAACAUCAAUGCCUUCUACGCCCACCCAACCGCCUCCACCAACGUCUCUGCUCCGGCUAGAUUUGCAGCCUCCAACUUUGGGAGAGAUCGUUUUGUGAAGCUUCUGGAUCAACUGCACAACUCCCUGCGUAUCGACCUCUCCAUGUACAGAAACAACUUCCCAGCCAGCAGCAAGCCUCGCCUCCAUGACCUCAAGUCAACAGUGGAUCUUCUCACCAGCAUCACCUUCUUCAGGAUGAAGGUCCUGGAGCUGCAGAAUCCUCCCAGAGCCGCCAACGUGGUGCGGGACUGCGUCAAGGCCUGCCUGAACUCCACCUACGAGUACAUCUUCAACAACUGUCUCGAGCUCUUCAACCGCCAGUUCCAGCCCGCUGUACCACCACCUCAGCCAGAGAAGAAGAAGAAGAAGAAAAAAGAAAAAGCAGAAGGAGAGGAAGGGGAGGAGGAUGAUGAGGAGGAGGAGGAAGAGGAAGAAGAAGAAGAGGAAGAGGAGAAGAAAGAGGAGAGCCAGCAGGAGGAGCAGGGCCCAAGCAUCCAGAAUCUGGACUUUUGGCCUAAACUCAUCACGCUCAUCGUCUCCAUUAUUGAGGAGGACAAGAACUCCUACACACCCAUCAUUAACCAGUUUCCUCAGGAACUCGAUGUGGGUAAAGUCAGCGCGGAGGUCAUUUGGAGGCUUUUUGCUCAGGACAUGAAAUAUGCUCUGGAGGAACACGAGAAGCAUAAACUCUGUAAGACUGCUGACUACAUGAACCUGCACUUCAAGGUCAAGUGGCUUUACAACGAGUAUGUUAAGGACCUGCCCGCCUUCUCUGACACUGUGCCUGAGUACCCUGCGUGGUUCCUUCAGUUUGUCCUGGCCUGGCUGGCUGAAAACGAGGAGGUGUCGAUGGAGUUCAUGCACGGGGCGCUGGAGAGAGACAAGAGGGAAGGGUUCCAGCAGACGUCUGAGCAUGCUCUGUUCUCCAGCUCGGUGGUGGACAUUUUCACUCAGCUCAACCAGAGCUUUGAGAUCAUCAAGAAGCUGGACUGCCCCGACCCCGCUGUGGUGGCACAAUAUAAUCGACGCUUCGCCAAGACGAUCACCAAAGUGCUGCUGCAGUACUGUGCCCUGCUAGCCAAGAGCUUUCCCUCCUACUGUGAGAAGGAGAAGAUACCCUGCGUGCUGAUGAACAACAUCCAACAGAUGAGGGUCCUGUUGGAGAAGAUGUUUGAGUCGAUGGGAGCAAAACAGAUAACUGCUGAGGAGGAGAGGCUUGAGAACGAGGAGGAACCUGAGGAGUUAGAUGAGGAGGCCAUCACUGACAAUGAAGGGGAGGAUGACAUGUCUGCCUGCUCAGACUCAGAGGGAUCUGAGGCUGACAACAAAGAAAAGGAGAACAAGCUUGAUAAGGAAAAGUCUGAGUCCAUGAAGGAAAAGGCUGAAAAGAAAGACAAAGAGAAGCAGGAGGACACUAAGAGCAAACAGUCAAAGGAGGAAGUAAACAAGACCGAAGCCACCGCUGCCACAAAGAAGCUGGAUACAGAGGCGGCUGACAUCCUCAAUGAGCUGCAGGUGAAGCUCAACACCUUCCUGGACAACUUCAGCACUGUGUUUGCCAAAAGUUUCCAGACUCGUAUUAAUGGCUGCAUGCGUCAGAUGGCUGAGAUCCUGUACCAGAUCAAAGGCCCUCCCAACCAUAACACUGCAGAGGCAGACGCUGACACCAUGCUGAGGCCCCUCAUGGAGUUCUUGGACGGGAAUCUCAGUAUCUUUGCUGACAUCUGUGAGAAGACGGUGCUGAAGAGGAUCCUGAAGGAUCUGUGGAAGAUCGUCCUGAGCAGCCUGGAGAAGACCAUCGUCCUGCCUCAGAGCAAUGACAGCCUGGGUGCUCAGCUCCUCACAGCAGCUAAAGGACUGUCUAAUCUCAAGGGAGGUGGAGAAGCCAAAACCUUGACGCCCAAACAGUGUGUGAUUAUCGACGCAGGGCUGGAGACCAUCAAGCAAUACUUCCACGCAGGAGGAAACGGGCUGAAGAAGGCGUUUGUGGAGAAAAGUCCUGAACUGGCAUCGCUGCGUUACGCCCUUUCCCUUUACUCGCAGAGCACAGAUGCUCUCAUCAAGACCUUCGUCACCACACAGCACUCCCAAGUGCAUGAUGGGAUGGGCAUCAGAAUCACGGGCAAUGAGAAGAUUCGACCUGACAGGGGCGCGGGGAUAGAGAAGCCCAUUGGAGAGGCCAUCCUGCAGAUCGACAUGAUGCUCGGGAAGGAACGCAAAGUCACUGUCAGAGUCAUCGCUGUGAACGACAUGAAGUGGCAGACAUCAGGGAUGUUCCGGCCUUUCGUUGACGUCUCCAUGGUCGGUCCGUUCCUGGCCGACAAGAAGCGCAAGUUCACCACAAAAUCCAAGAACAACAGCUGGUCGGCGAAGUUCAACGAGUCUUUCCAGUUCACCCUGGGUAAAGAGUCCCCAGACUGCUACGAGCUCCAGGUGACGGUGAAGGAUUACUGCUUCGGCCGUGCAGACCGGGUGGUCGGCAUGGCUGUGGUUCAGCUGCGCGAUGUCGCUGAUCGCAAGAGCUGUGUGUGCUGGUGUCCGAUCGGGCCACGCAUUCAGACCGAUGAGACGGGCUUGACUGUGAUGCGUAUCCUGUCCCAGCGGCCUGCUGAUGAAGUGGCCAAAGAGUUUGUCAAGCUGAAAUCUGAAACUCGUCCUGUGGAGGAGGGCAGAUGAGCAGAGAUCCAAGAGAGAUGGGUAGAAAUGUUGAAAAUGUGAAACUGACAUGACCACAGUCAGGGUUGAGUCAGGGCUACGUGGCUGUCUGUUUUAUAAGAGCACUGUCAUCCUCAUCCUCAGUAAACACAGACGAUUAAAGCCUCUGAUGUGGAAGAGGUUCUUCAAAAGACGCAGCAGACACAACUAAAAUGACCAUUUUAAUAGAUGAACAAAGAAAUACAUUCAAUUCAUUCAAUUCAAUAGACAAAUUGUGGAAGGAGGUGUUUUCUCAAAAUGUUGAUAAAGAACAUGAGCGACUUUGGGUUUAAAUCACCAACUCAGAGGUCGGAAAUUGUUUGAAUUCACUGCAGAGAAACUCUUCUGAUUCUGAUGUCGUGUGUAGCAAACUAAAUCUGUUGUCUGUCGGCCAUCAGAGCUGCUAAUGCACACCUUUUUACCAAACAUCCAUUCAGUGGAAUGAAUGGACUUGUGUCGCUGUCUACCUGACGGUAUAAAAAGAUGUUACCAACGCAGUUGUCUAAACACCGUCUGAACAUGAGCAGUAAAUUCUGGCUGCUAUUAAGUGACUGUUUAAUGAUCAUAAGUAAUUAUGACAUGAGAUGAAGUGAGUUGGAGGAGGUAAUCCAAGAGUCUUGUACUGUUUGAGCCUUUGAGGCUCACAGAGAUCCUGUGACAUCGGCACCACUGUUGAUUCUAGUGUCCCAACACUGUUUCCCAAAAACAUGACACUGGAUACACAUGUCACAAUAACGCAUAAGGAUUAACAUGUGAUAUACUUAGCAUGAGCUUCAGUUUGUAAGAAACAUUUAAGCAUCUCAGAAUUGAUCAGCCAGUUCAUAAAAAUAAGACACAGCGCGCUUGACUCACAUUAGACCUGAAAGACUGGGUGCUGGAUCCUGACGAAAAAGUUAAGGCUUGGACAGAACUCCUGUUUAACUUUUUAGUAUUGCCACACGGUCACAUACACAACAACAACCAGAUCAAUGGUAACUCAUUUAUCAUUUAACAUGACAAUAGAAUUAACUGCAACACACAUCAUUUGUAUCAAGUGUCACAUCCUUUGAUUCACACCUGUCGACAAGCGUAGAUGCAUCUUACAGAAAGAAGCACUAUAGUCAGGAUACAGUAGCCAGGGUACGCCAUGAAACUGAAGCAUGUUUACGCUGGGAAAUGUUGUACAAGAGGUGAUGAAGUGUGAUUGAGUCAAACCAAAACAAGUGUGUCAAGAUCAAGCGGCAACCUUCGGGCACGGAAAAAGAAGCCAACGCAAAAGUGCCAAAAGUGCAGUUCCUCUCAUGGCCACUUGGGGCUGGCUCUAAAAGCCAUUCAGUCCCCACAGACCCCCAACGUCACAGCAGAAAUGCACGUUUACAGCCUGUUACGAAAAACAAUUUUGAUCUCUUUAUAUAAUUUCAACGUUCAUGACAACUGUUCAAGGGUGAAUUUUUUUAAUAACUCACUCGUUUACAUUUUAUUAUGGUUUAAACAGGCUGUCUGUGAGGCGUCACCACAGUCUAUGAGUCAGAUCCACCACUUACUUGUCCACAGCUCUACCUUCUCCUCCAAAUAUGGUCACAUAUGGCUAAAAAAUCCAAGCUGGCGACGACCAAAAUGAUGCCAGCAAAUGUGUUGCCCUUUAGUGAUUGACUUCUGGUAGUAUUUUUCCAGAUAGACUCUUGAAUGAAAGAAAAGACGACACCCUAGGAAAUGAUUUUCAGUUUAAAUCAGUCAGUUCUCAGUUACGUAGCCUUAAGAAAAUGUCGGCUUGCUAACGUCACUAGCUCACCGUACUCAGUGGGAUUCAGACCUUAAUGAAUGGGUUCUACAAAGUAAAAGGCGUUGAUUUUAUUUUCUGAAGCAAAGGAUUAUGGGUAUAGUUUUAAGUAUCUGACUGACCACUGGACUGUGGCUGCAGAACAAAGGUUUUUAAAUUCUGUUUCUGCCAAGUGUGAAACUGUGACUGUGGACACUGUUUACCCGUCGACCUGCUCUGACUGGAAAUGGCCAAAAGCUGACGACCUGUUUUCAGGCGUGAAGUCGUGUGAACAGCUUUGAUGGAGGUUCAGAAACGGACCUCCAAGGAUUUUAUUUUAUCUGUUUUUAAAGCUCAAAAUUGGAUGAAAAAACAAAACAAAAGUCUUUCAGCCUUGUCGUGCAUGCGCAGUCACAUCCUGCACCAAUCAUAUGUCUAUGAAUACCUGAUUGGUGUUUCUGCAUUGGGCGCAUUACAAACUCGGACCAGGAUGGAAAAUAAAAACAGGCAGGUUGUUGAACUAACUUAAGUCUAACUGGGUUUGAUCCACACUAUUGUAUGUUUACUACGUGCCAAGAAACGCAAGUGUUCAGCGAGCCAUGUUCAACUAGCUCUCUUUGCAUAUUUUGGGUUGUUUGCGGACAGAUGUGGCCACUGUAGAUGUCCCAAAUCUUACUGCACGUUUGCCAAAACUCGCUGCACUGUGGCUCCAAACUUCUGGUAGAAUUUCAACAAGGUAUUCUGGAAACUAGUUUAGAGUUCUGAUGUUGGUUCGGCUGUGUUAAACUGAACAAAGACUUGUCUGCGGUAGGGUUUGAGUUAUCUUACAGUGGCCACAGCUGCAGUGACAACUGAACUCUUGCACUCAAACUGUAAGUUUGUAAAAAGUUAAAAAAAUAAAUAAAUAAAAGCCUACGACCAGAGCAUGUAUUUAUUGUAUACAGAGUCAACUAGAAUUGUGAUCUUUUUCAUGUAUGUACUGUGAAAUAUGGAGAUUAAUCAAAUGUAUGUAAAGUAGUUAUCAUUAUUCCAAUGUGACAUAUGUUGAAAAUACUUGUAACAAUAUUUUGUACAUAAAAUAUUUAUGAAUCAA